AUGGCUCCUACCAUCCUCAUUGUCGGUGCCACUGGUAACACUGGCCGCAGUGUUGCUGAAACCCUGCCGAAGUUGCUUAAAUCAAAAUCAAGCAAUGCUUUGUCGGAGCACCGCGUGAUUGCUCUGACUCGUUCCUCAGCAAGUCCAACUGGCUCCGUGAACAACCAAGUCGUCCGAGCGUUCAUUGCAUCCCACAACGAACCGACUCAAUUCGCCGAAGAAUCGACAUUCUAUGUUGCCGCCCUCAACGCCGGUGUUAAAUAUGUGGUGCGGAUCUCGACGACUGCUGCCAACAUUCGCCCAGAUUGUAAGGCGUACUAUCCUCGCACGCAUUGGGCCAUUGAGGCUCUCCUGAGCUCGCCGGAAUUCACCCCCUUGCAGUGGACUUCUCUGCAGCCUAAUAUCUUUGCGCCAUUCUACCUUUCCCCUGCUGCAGAAUUGAUUAAACAAUACCGCACAACUGGACAGCAGGAUACUCUUCGGCUUAUGGGAUCAAAGGAUGCGCCAGUCGGGAUUAUCGACCCUUAUGAUGUUGGUGUCCUUGCCGCUCAUCUCUUAGCCCAAGACGACCCGACUGCGCACAACAAGGCCAAAUAUGUUCUGAAUGGACCCGAGGAUAUCACUGGGAAGCAGAUUGUGGACAUGGUCGAGCAGCACAUCGGUACGCAAGUCAAGGAGGUGAGCUAUCAAGACACGUCAUUCAUCAAUGUGCUUUAUGAGCGCAAUUACACUCGUCAAUCCAAGAAUGUUAUCUUCUCGAUGAAACACGCCCUAGAGACGGCGUGGGAAGGUAAAUGCUCCGCUUCGACAACCAGCAAGAGAGUCCUGGAACUUGCUGCGCCAAAGCGGACACCUGCCGAUGUGCUGACGGCCUUAUUGGAAGGGCAAUGA